AUGCCUCAAAUGGACUUGGGAAUGAAUGGCGCCGAGCCGAACGUCAUGAGCCGGCCGCCGCACAUCCUGAAGACGGGCGUGUUCAACCUCGAGCUCAUUGUUGAUAUGGUCGUCUACGGAAGCUGGAUGGCUACACUGUGUCUUGCCUCCUUUGUUUUUGUGGCGUAUGGCUUUGGAAACGGCGACCUGGGCAAGAACUGCAACAACUCGCACUCGGAGCGAUGUUACCUCGUCUUCCGGGCACGCGCGACGACCUUUGUGUGUCUGAACUCGUUCGCCCUCUUCCUCGCGUGGGAAAUGGUCAAUUUCCGGAGGUCUUUCUUCCGUCAGAAACCGCGUUGCACCGGCUACCGCUGUUGCUACGUCUUCUACUCCUGGUGGGAAGACAGCCGAAGCAGCCUAUUCUUGUUCUGGGCCAUCAUCGCUGGAUUCCAUGAGGGCAUCACGUGGGAAUGGGGCGUUUUCCUUGUCAAGGCGGCUCUCUUUUUCGCCGAAUGUGAGGCAUGGAAAUGGGCCAAGCAUGUCUUCUUCAGAAGACGGGCUAAGAAGCAGCGCGGAGGCGAUUCACUUGACGAUCGCAGAUACUUCGACAUGCCUAUAACCGUGAACUCCAUUUUCGACACCACCCUCAGCAAGCAGCAACAAUGA